AUGGUUCUCAAGACUGAACUCUGCCGAUUCAGUGGUGCAAAGAUCUACCCAGGAAGAGGCAUCAGAUUUAUUCGUAGUGAUUCACAGGUUUUUCUAUUUGUGAACUCGAAAUGUAAGAGGUAUUUCCACAACCGUUUGAAGCCUUCAAAGCUCACAUGGACUGCCAUGUACAGAAAGCAACACAAGAAGGACAUUGCUCAAGAAGCAGUAAAGAAGAGACGCCGUGCUACCAAGAAGCCGUACUCUAGGUCCAUUGUUGGUGCUACCCUGGAAGUCAUUCAGAAGAAAAGAGCUGAGAAGCCUGAAGUUCGAGAUGCAGCUAGGGAAGCUGCUCUGCGUGAAAUCAAAGAGAGGAUUAAGAAAACAAAGGAUGAGAAGAAAGCGAAGAAAGCAGAAGUAGCAUCUAAGUCACAAAAAUCAGGCAAAGGCAAUGUUCAGAAAGGUGGUUUGCCCAAGGGUCCUAAAUUGGGCGGUGGCGGCGGUAAACGCUGA